CACUUUGCUGUGUUCACAGUUACGUGGGGAAGCCUCGAGCUCCUGCAACCCCAUUUAUUUCUGCAAUGCGACCCGACUCCCGCGUUCGCGCUUCUUGCCUGAUCGUGUCCCUCUUUUACUGGCCGAGGGAGGUGCGAUUGUUGCAUUUAUGCCCAGUGGCCAGCCAAGUUCCAACGUCGCAGCUUCUUGGAGACCUUUCCUAUCACCCAAAACGUCGAUUCCCUCCCAACCAUGACGCGCACCCAAGCCCAAGCAGCUGCUGAUAUAAGGCAUCCAUCACCGGUGUCAAUGGGCCAAGCACAACCCCAGGCCAUCCAGUCGCCGACCGGAGGUUGCAAGCGCAAGCGGCCGAUCGAAGACCCAAUCGAGUCCCCUCCGGACCGAGAACGCCGGCGAAGGAUAACCCCCACACGCACUGCCGGAGAUACAAUUAGCGAACCAGGGAUUGGCGGUGGCUGUCCUGAACCCACCGACCCGAUUUCUUACUGGGUAGAGAACCAGUGCUGGCCAGAGAAGCUAAAGCAGCCUGAAGAGGCCUUAGAGAUGGAUUACAUGGAAUAUCCACUUGCACGGAAGAGAUCCGUGUCGAGUUCAUCCCGGAAGCGACCGAGCUCUACGAUGACGCGGACGCCCACCGACGAGAAGCCGAGGGAAGAGAAGAGCACAGCGUAUCGGAACCCGCAGUUCCCCCUUCUUCUGAAGGCCCUGGGCUCAUAUAUGGAGGCUUCUGACCUUGGUAUCACGGAUACAAGUGAGCAUCUUAUCUCGGCCCUCCUUAGCGGCGAACAAUCGGUUCCCAGGGGAACGCUUUUCGACGACGAUGUCUUUGCGGAUGCUUGUCGCAACCUAAAGAACAGGAACGAGCCGAGGGUUAUCCAAGAUAUUUCCAGGCUUAUCGUUCCUUCGGCGGAAUCUCUCGCACUUCGUGACAGGAAGUACAAAUGCCUAGUCGAGAGCGUCAAUGAAGGGUGGAACCACUCGAUCCCUCUAAGCCGUAUUACUCGUCCUCAGCCCGACUACUCUGUUGGGUUUAAGGAUGAUGCGUUCACAAAGGAGCAGCUUACCAAACUGUCGCCACUUGUUGGCGAUAUCGUCGCCGGGGACCGGUCCUUCUUUAUGGCCACCUGGUACAUGUACUUCCCCUUCCUGACCUGCGAGGUCAAGGCCGGCACCGCCGGGCUCGAGAUUGCAGACCGACAGAACGCCCACAGUAUGACGCUUGCAGUACGUGGGGUCGUUGAACUCUUCCGUACUGUAAAGCGCGAGAGCGAGGUCAACAGGCAGAUCCUCGCCUUCUCUGUCUCUCAUGACCAUACCUCUGUCCGAAUCUACGGCCACUACCCUGUCAUCAGCGGGAAAGAUACAAAUUACUUCCGGCACCUGAUCCAUGAAUUUUCCAUUGCUACGUUCAAUGGAAGGGAUAAGUGGACGGCAUAUCGCUUUACGAAGAACGUUUACGAUAUAUGGAUGCCUAAGCACUUCGAGAACAUCUGCUCCGCCAUCAACCAGUUGCCGUCGGAUUUGGAUUUUAAUGUCCCACCGCUUUCUAGGGGGACCGGGCUUUCCCAGGAGUUGGGGACUGUCAUAGAGUCGGAGGCAGAGACAGGCUCUGCUUCAGCGCACGCCGAACGCGCCAGCGGGUCGACAAGUGGUGUUGGGCAGCAAGACGUUACCCCGGACACCUCGUUCAUACCAUCAAGGGCAGGAAAGAGGAGAAAGGAAUGAGCCAAGGAAAGGAGGGCUAUGCCCAGCUAUACACAGAAGACAGGACUAAAGAAGGAUUGGUCAGUGUUAGGGAAUUAGCCACACUUAUGAUUAGAUGGAGGGAGACGUCGCCUUCUGCCUGCGGGGGGG